CACCAAAUUAUUUAACCAUGUGUUACAGAUUAUGUUAACCCUUUAGAAAUGUUGAUAGUAACUUGUCACAGAUUUUCUUUUUUCAGAGCCUCCUUUUUAAGUGAUUAAUAGAAUUCCAACGGAAUCCGUAAAUUCUCUAUCUCAUAAGCGUCUCUUUUUUGUUCUCUGGGCCAGAAAAAAAUUUAAAAGCCUCUUCCUCUUUUCUUCCCGAAAAGAAAAUUGGAUUUCAUUUUCAUGGCGAUGGCCUCCUUUGCAAUCUCCAUAUUUUCAUUAGCAACUGUUGCUCCUACUUGCAAAAACUAUAGACCAUUUCUCUCUCAAACCACUUACUCUUUUAAAGCCAUUUCCAUUCGAGCUUCCUCUACUUCCCUGGAUUACUCGACACCCUCUUCUGUCAAUGAACAAAAAGCCCUCAAACCAACUAAGACAAAUUAUUGGGAAUGGAAGUUCAAGGAUAACGUAAUUGACGUGUACUAUGAAGAGCAUGAGCAUGAAAGAACUGGUCCCCAGAAGAAUAUACUUAUGAUUCCAACAAUAUCAGAUGUAAGCACUGUGGAAGAGUGGAGAGGUGUUGCUAAAGACAUUUUGGAACGGUCUGGUAAACUCAAUUUGCGAGCAACUAUUGUUGAUUGGCCUGGAUUGGGGUUCUCUAGCAGGCCAAAGAUGGAUUAUGAUGCUGACGUGAUGGAAAAUUUCGUUGUCGACUUUAUUAACGAGAUAAGUUCCUCAGUUGGAGGAUCUUUUGUGAUCAUAUUCCUCGUAUCUAUGUGUGGAACAUUAGGAUUGAACAUGGGUACUUCCACAAAAAUGAAGAGUUUGAGCAGCAUAGAGAAUGAUUUGUUGGUCUUUGGAGGUGGUCAUGCUGCCACAAUAGUGGUUCGGGCAGCAAAAAAGGGGUUGGUGAAGCCGAAAGCUAUUGCUGCAGUCGCUCCAACAUGGGCUGGUCCCUUGCCUAUCGUGUUUGGUCGAGAUUCCAGUAUGCAAACUAGAUAUGGGCUGUUGAGGGGCAUCUUAAGAACCCCAGGAGCUGGUUGGAUGAUGUAUAAUAUGCUUGUGAGCAAUGAGGGGGCAAUUCAAUCCCAGUACAAGUCUCAUGUGUAUGCAAAUCCUCAAAAUGUGACUCCAGCAUUUGUUCAAAGCAGAUACAAGUUAACGACAGAGAAAGGAUCCCGAUACGUUCCCGCUGCUUUCUUGACUGGUCUCCUCGACCCUGUUAACUCCCGUGAUGAGUUCCUUGAACUCUUUUCUGGUUUGGAGGGGAAAAUCCCCAUUCUGGUCGUGUCAACUGAGGGAUCUCCGAAGAGAUCAAAAGCAGAGAUGGAAGCUCUCAGGGAAGCAAGAGGAGUCAGCAAGUUUGUUAAGGUUGCUGGUGCUCUUUUACCACAUGAAGAGUACCCUUCCAUGGUGGCCGAGGAGCUUUACAAGUUUUUGCAAGAGAAUUUCGAAGUCAAUGCUUAAAGCCCUUCAUGCUGGACUUUCCAAGUAACAGGGUAUAAUUUUUUUUCCCACAACAAUAUGACUAUGAUACUCAAAUACUAUAGCUUGUGAUAAAUAAGACAGGGUAUAAUUAUGACACGUUUUGUAUUUUAUCAUUUUGUAAUUGUGUGUUUAAAAAAUAUAUAUAGUUUUAUUUAUAUAAAUUUUGAUUAAAUUAUAAAAA